AUGUUGACGUCAACAAAUAUCGAAAAACACUGACGUCCACUGCGCGGGUGCGAUCGUAAAACUUUAGGAAACUGCCUUAUUAAGACAUAUGCACCAACGGGAUGCUGGUUUAAGAAGGCGUUCUCCCGUAAUUCAAGAGAAUAAAUCCAUCUGUGACAACCACGCAAAUUUGACAAAACUACACGUAUCACUAAAACGCGAGUUGAAUACUGAAUAGCAUAGCUCAAAGAUCAUUAAAGAAGAAGAUCGCAGCUGAUUUUCACAGUAGGUGAACAACGAGAUACAUCUUGUUAUCUCGACAAAUGCUCCAUCCACAAGUCUCUUCCACGUGGCGGAAGCAUUUCAAAAUAUCACGCACUGUAAACCUUCAGCUUCUAGUGCUGAUUAGAAUAUCAACUCUCCUUAUACUAGCUUACAUUUGUUUCAAAGUUAGCGUCACAUCAACACAAUUCCUCCUAUUUGGUCACUUUCUUUGUUCUCGUCAACUGCUUUCUGCAAAAUGUGUUACGCACGUAAGGAGAAUUUUGAGGUUGACAACUCUGUGUGAACAGCCAUUCUCUCUAAUGAUAAGCAAUAUCACUUCUUACGAAACAGUUGGCCAACGGUUACAACUUUCUCACCCCAGUAAGUUUAACAGCUGCAUAAUAUUUCAGCCAUAAAUUUCGCUUUUCGUUCGGAUUACAGAAUUGCUACAACGAAACUUGGGAUAAAUCAAUCUGAUUUUUCAGCGACUCAAAACGGAAAACUGAGCAAAAAUAAGAAGGUAUUGUCGCGUCUAGCUGAAUUUGCAUUUGUAAGUAGGAUUAAUCUCUCGCCAUUUCUUUAUUUCGAUAAGACUUAGAAGUUCCCGCCCUUUCGUUCUUAUCAUCGCAUCAGACUCAAUUUCCCGCCCUUUCUGAUUCAGGAUCAGGCUUAUUACCCGCCAUUUCUUUCCUAAUAUCCUAUCAGACUUAAUCUCCUACGGUGUCUUUCUUCAAGUUUUACAUUCCCGCCCUUUUUUCUUGCUAUCGGAAUAACUUUCCCACUAUUUUUUCUUGCCAUCGGACUCAAUUUUCCGCCAUUUUUUUUCGGUUCUCCCAUCCUCUUUAUCACUUAUACCUGGCUGAACUGAAUGAGAAUGAGGUCAACAACAGUAUUGUCGGAAAUUGAGUAAACGUAGUGUACCGAAUUAAUUAAAUGUUCUAAAUAAUCACGAAAAAAAAAUUAAUAAAAAGUUUCGUCGCAAAAUAUAUUGCACUUCUUCCUGUCAUAAAAGGUCUGCCCGAAGAUAUAAAUUCAAAAAUCACUUCUUCGUUUUCUAAAGUAUGUUUUAUCGGAAUUUUACGCAACGGUUUUCGAUCUUAAUCUCGUGGGCUUUUCAUGUCGCAAGAUUUAAAAUGAGUGAAGAAGCAAAAAAAAAAGGCCGCGUCUAUUUCAAUAUCAUCAGAUAAUAUCGAAUGUUCUAUCAAUUUCUUAAUCGGCGCAACCCUUAAUUGUGAUUUUGUCCCAAAUUGGUCGUCACAUCCGUCAAUAAAAGCUUUCAUCGCCACGAAUUCCUAUUGGUCGAGGCACAGGAAACAAUUUCUGUUGUUCUUUAUAACAGAAGGCGCUGGCAAGGUCGCAUUUACUGACAAAUUUGCAACACUACCACAGCGGCACUAACUUGCACCUGAACGUGAACUCCGCCGGAAUUGUUCAAAAAAGUACGGCGCUUUCCAGCUCAGUUGAAUAGAGGAAACUCGCGGACGUUUACAAGAAUCGGUGCGAAGGAAUAACAAUCGAGUUUUCGCUGAAGUCCACAAUAUCGUACCAUGAAUGGUACCAACGUAACAACCAAACAAGAAACUCGAGAAUAUCUGGAACCAAGCCUGUUAGGAUGGGCCAUAGCCUAUGCUGUAGUGGCGGUAGCUGUAAUGGUGGGAAACUCGCUAACAAUCGCAGCUUUCAGCACUAACAGGAAGCUAGCCAGUGCCCGCACUAAUUUCUUCUUGGUGAGCCUUGGAGUAGCGGAUUUCAUGGUGGGUGCAUGCUCUAUACCGAUGUACGUUGCCGAGAUGCUGUUUUUCUACUUUCGCGAGGACGCGGCAAGUCUGCAGUUUCACGAGAUCUACCUGCCGAUAGACGCGUUCAUGGGUUUCGCGUCAAUCUUCGCGCUCGUCGCAAUCGCGUUAGACAGGGCGUAUUCUGUACUCCGCCCCCAUCGGCACAAAAAGAUUACGAAAGCGACCUACUUGACGGAAAUCUUCUUAGUGUGGGUUUUGGCAGCCUGUGUAGCGGGAAUUCGAGUGCUAAGCAAUUUCACCAGCCAAGAUCUGUUGAAGAGCGUUUUUAGCUAUGCCAUGCUCGUCUGCAUAUUUACUUCAUUGAUUCUGAUCUCCCUCGCCUACGCCUUGAUUUGGCACAAGGUUAGGAACCCUGUGAACCUGCCGCACAGGACCGCAACGAAACAAGAGAAAAAGCUGGCGGUCACGCUAUCCAUAAUUACGCUGGUGUUUGUGCUCACGUGGGUCCCUUUCUACAUAAUGAACAUCGUCAUCAUGUUCUGCCAGUCGUGUUACGUUCUCGAGUUAAUUUACUUCGCCAAGUUCUUGCACUACAGCAAUUCAUUUGCCAAUUUUGUCAUCUACGCGCUCAAGAUUCGAGAAUUUCGGAAGACUGUGGCGAUGCUUUUGUGCGGCAGGAGACAUUUUAAUGUCUCCAUGAACAGGAACUGGCCCAAAGAGACCAAGGAGACCAAAGAGCGUCAAACUGUGCUGCCUAAACAUGAAGUGAUCUCCAUCCAAGACAUACGAAUACAUGUACGGCAGCUCGCCCGUCCGUUAGCCAAUGACGGCAUCGACCUGACAAACGACAACCAAUCAGAGUGAUUUGUGACUGAAAAAAGAAGAUA